UUGGCUAAAUUGAAACCAGUUUUCCAAAAAGAUGGACUUGUAAAUGCUGGAAAUGCAUCUGGAAUCUCUGACGGAGCUGCAGCUGUUGUAUUGGCUGGAGAAGAAGCGGUUAAGGCAAAAGGAUUGAAACCAUUGGCUCGUGUUGUUGCAUACGCUGCUGUUGGAUGCGAUCCAACUAUUAUGGGAAUUGGACCAGCUCCAGCUAUUCGUGAAGUUUUGAAACAAUCCGGUUUGAAGAUUAAUGAUAUUGAUAUCUUUGAGGUAAAUUAUUUUGUUGACUUGAAAUUUGAUUCAGAAAUAUGUUACAGUACAUUUCAUUUUAAUUUUAAAUUUGGAAAAAAAAAGAAGGAAGAACUUCAUACUCUUAUUUUUCAGGUCAAUGAGGCAUUCGCCCCACAAGCAUUGGCUGUUCAAAGAGAAUUGGGAAUCCCAUUGGAAAAAUUGAACACAAAUGGAGGAGCCAUCGCUUUGGGACAUCCAUUGGCCGCUUCUGGAGCAAGAAUUUCAACACACAUCACUUAUGAAUUGCAGUAAGUUUUUUGAAAUUUCAAAUCCUGAUUUAAAAAACCCUAGGCUCUUCUUGAUCUCCAAGGCUUGCGACUUGGAUUUUUAAUAAAAUGUUAUUCCCAUAAUUGAAAAUUACUACUAGAUCUGAAAAUUAAAUUUUGUGACCCGUAUUUCUACCUAAAUCUUCAAAUUUUUGCAGCCGUCAAAAUGCCAAAUAUGCAAUUGGAUCAGCUUGUAUUGGAGGAGGACAAGGAAUUGCAAUUCUUUUCGAAAGAGUAUAA